AUGAAAGCAUCACUAGCGACGCCGCUUGUCAAGACGUCCGAUGUCGAGCGCGCCACUCACACCGACCCUGCCCGUCGUCAGACCAUCAAUAUGGGGAGACAGCGAAAGCGGACCAAACUGACUAAACCAACGCAGUUCCAGAGGAAACAGCGUCAGGCAGAGAGGAAGCGUCAGGCAGAAAGGGAAAGGUCUUCCGGUGCGAGUCCUGAUGGAUCAUGUGUUCUCGGACACGGUGCGGGCAGCGUUCCGCUUGUUGACUCAGCUCGUGAUCUUUCCGCUUCUGCCGCCAUCAAAGCUGCUUCUGCUGCUCCCGUGCUUGAUGCAAAACCCCUUCGAGAGACGACCAUGGACGAGGCCAAGCGGACGCGUUAUGACUACUACCGCCUUCUGGGGGUGCUCGUCGACUGCGACUCGUCGGAAAUCCAGAGGGCUUAUCGUCGCCUGAUGUUGGUGCAUCAUCCGGAUAAGGGUGGUGAUGUAAGCAUCAGUAAAAUCCUGAACCACGCCCAUGAUGUACUGCAAGACACCAUCUGUCGCGCUCGGUACGAUGAGCAGGGAUUGGACUAUCGGUCGGUGUAG